ACAAAUCAGCAGGUUUGUUGGUGGUCUGAGCGGCGCGAGGAGAGCGAGGAGUGGCCCGGCGGCGACCGAAAUACCCGAAACAAACCCCUCGUCACCCCCCAAUUAGCUCCAAUCGGAACCAGCCGCGGAGCCGGUACCGAACCGGAGGGGCGCCGUGAUGCCGUGUCGGAAGGAGAACUACCUGCUGCUGGAGCAGUCCGUGUCCGUCAGUCCCAAAGAGGUGGACGCGCUGGUAGCGAGGAUCGGGGAGGCGCUGCAGCUGCACGGGAACACCGGCGGACACCCGAAGGCCGUGUCCCGUCUGCACGGCCUCAACACCGGAGGGGCCGUGGGGGUGAAACCAGUGGCCGGCAUCAGCGGCGGGGCCGGUGCUCAGACACAGAAACGGCCUACCGGUCCCUGCGUACGGAUCCGGACUCGAGGCCACCACCUCCGGGUGGGCCCGUACAGCGUACCGGCAGCGGACGGAGAACGCAGGGACUGGGAGCAGAUUAGACCGUGGAGCAAGAAGCGGCGGCCGGUGGAGGAGGACGACCCGCACCGGCUGCUGCAGGACCUCAUCCUGUCCGGGAACCUCAUCAAGGAGGCCGUGCGGAGGCUGCAGUUCUCCGCAGACUGCGGGGACUUCCCCCGACCGGCAGACAGCAUGCCCUGCUGAUACCGGACCGGAGACCGUGUCUGCAUUACGGUUCAGUCGGACGUUUGAUUUUUUUAUUUUUGGAGGGGACCGUUCGAUAACCGACCUCAAGGCCGGUUCUGAUCCGGCCUGAGCCAAGUGGACCGGGAGGGACAUAUUGUACCGGCUGGCGUUAAAGAACCGGAAGACACCGGGACCACUGAGGAACCGGGACACUUGACUACCGGACUGGGGGGAAGGGGAUCUGUGUAUCCGCAUCCGCACACACACACACACACACACACACACACACACACACACACACACACACACACACACACACACACACACACAACGAUAAGAGGCCGCGUGGGAACGGAAACACGAACACCCGUGGCUCGUUGUGUUUGACACUAUAACAAACUUAAUGUGUGCGUGUGUGUGUGUGUGUGUGUGUAUGGGAGGGGGAAGUGUGUGCGUGCGUGUGUGUUUGUGAGGAGGAGAGCUCGUGGUGGCUCUCAGGUCGUUUUUCUCCGUAGCGGAGCUUCUUUUCUUCCUGAAAAAUUCAGGAUUUAUUCUGUCUGGAUGAAUAAACACAUGGUUUUACA